UCAAUAUUCCGCAUUUGAUGGACAGUUCAUUUUUUUAUUAACUGCAUAAGUAGUCUGGUAGCGGGAUGAGGGGCAGUAGGGGUUAAACUUUAGAGACGAAACGAAGAGAGCAUAGAUCUAUCUGCGCGAAAACGAAGUCUUGCGAAUCACCUAAUGUCGGUACUGAGGACCAUUGCCGCGUUUCUGUGCGGGCUGCUCGCGCUCAACCUGUGCAGGGCGCAGAUCAUCCUGCCGGGACAAUGUCCUCACGUCAAAAUCAUGGAAGACUUCGACGCGAGUCGGUAUUUGGGCAAAUGGUACGAGGCUGAGAAGUAUUUCUUCCUGUUCGAAUUUGGCGGCAAGUGUAUCACAGCCGACUACAAGCUCAAAGACAACGGAGCUAUCAAUGUACUGAACAAACAAGUCAGCAUAUUAUCAGGCAUCCAGUCGGAGAUCCAAGGCGAGGCGAGCCAGGUGGGGCGGUCGGACGAGGGGCGGCUGUCGGUGCGCUUCCCCACGCUGCCGGUGGACAUCGCUGCGCCCUACUGGGUCGUCGACACCGACUACGACUCUUACGCGCUCGUCUGGAGCUGCUAUGAGUUCGGACUCUUCCACACGCGCAAUGCAUGGAUCCUAACAAGGGAGAGGAAUCCGCCGGCGUCAGUGAUCGACAAGGCGUUCGAGUCCGCCGACCGUCACAACAUCAACAGGGCGUUCUUCAUCAGGACCGACCAGCAGAACUGCCCAAACUUUGACGAAUAAUGUUAAAUCGUAUUGAAAGAUAUAAGUAUUCCAAUUGUUUUAACGUAUAUUUACUAAAGCGUCGACCUCACAGCCGCCGAACGGUCCAACGUUUAGCAGAUCUCGGUAUUGUAGGUACAGUCCUGUUUACUGCAUACGACCAUCCUGGUCAACUAGUUAUAAUAUGUAUAAGUUUACGGUCCCAUAUUUAACUUACACUGUAAAACCUGAAGCUAAAGCUAUUAAUGGACGUUAUAAGGUUUUAAACUUUACCUCUGGAAAGGCAUUGUUAUUCGAAUGUAUUUGCUCUAAAUAUACUUAUGCAAUGUUCGUGUUUACCAAGGCUGCAAAACGUGGUCAAGUCAAGCAAAUCAAUGAGGAACCAUUAAAUUGUCUAAUACACUAACCGUUUACUGUGGGAUCGACUCUUAAUUAAGGCAAAGGAUCUAAAGAUUCAGAAAAUUUUCAAUAGGGUAUUUGUACUUAAUUUUAUAUAAAACUGCAAGUAAUACUAGAAAAGAAGCACUUCUGUGCGCAAAAUAAAUUGUAGACGUCAUACAAUUUUACUUUUCGUCUGAUUAGUUGUCUAAUUACCAGAACAUUAUUCAGAGGUCGGGGACGAUGGGAAGUAGACAUUUUUUUGUUUGUUUUGUUUAGUUAUAAAUUGUUUUCGUUAGUUUCUAUUUUCAUGACUUGUAAUUUAUAUUAGACUUGUGAAAAUGGAAGUCCUAACUUUUAUGUACUUAGGUAUUUAAUGUAAUAUGUAUAAAGACAAUAUUUAUAGUAUAAUGUAUGUGUUAAAUUAAAUGCACAUGAAAUCUGUAA